UACGCGGUUUAGAGAUGCUGACGGGACAUGUCAAGAGAAGAAGCCAGCGGAACCUAACUAGUUGCUCCUGGACUUUUGUCUUUACAACCGGCAUACACAUCAAUCUAAAGCAAUUUAAAGGAAGACCUGGGUUCUCAAGAGUUUAAAAGACAAACUUCUAAUCUUUACAUGCUGUAACUUUAGGCUGCGGAGUGCUUUUUAAAGGACACUGCCGGAAGGUCAUAUAAUGUUAUCAGAAGGAGGAAGCUUGACUUUUCUCACUGGAAUUUUGAUCUUGGCGCUGUCAUGUGAAGCGAGAGGUCCUCCAUGGGUAAGUCGGCAGGUGGAGGAGAGACCGAUGGCGAAAUUGGGCCGCACAGUGCGACUGCCGUGCCCGGUGGAGGGUGACCCUCCUCCACUAGUGCUGUGGGUGAAGGAUGGCAAGAACGUGAACCCGGGAUGGAGCCGAUACAAGGUUCUGAAGCAGAGCCUGAAGAUCAAAGAAGUGGAGCUGGAGGAUGCUGGAGAGUACAUCUGUCGCGUCACCAAUGGAUUCGGCAGCAUCGCGCUUAACUUCACACUAAUUGUAAUUGACGAUUCGUCUAUGCCACCGAACCCGCCUCCCACAGCAGAACCCAGCGAAGACCUCCCUCUCCAAGACCCGACUGGAGAGCCAUGGGUGAAGCCACGCUUCAGUCAUCCCACUAAGAUGCGCAGGCGUGUGCUGGAGCAGCCUGUUGGCAGCACGGUGCGUCUCAAGUGUCUGGCCAGUGGCAAUCCAAUACCGGCCAUUACGUGGUGGAAAGACCAGAUCCAGCUGCCCAGCCGGCACCAGAGUAAACGCCCACAGUGGACUCUGACACUGAAAAACCUUCAGCCUCAUGACAGCGCCAAGUACACCUGUCACGUCUCUAAUGCAGCUGGACACAUCAAUGCCACUUACAAAGUGGAUGUCAUUGAGCGCACAAACACGAAGCCCAUUCUCACUGGUACCCAUCCUGUCAACACAACUGUGGAGUUCGGUGGAACGGCCUCUUUCCAGUGUAAAGUCCACAGUGAUGUGAAGCCAGUGGUCCAGUGGCUGAAGAGAGUUGAUCCUGGCACGGAGGGCCGCUAUAAUUCCACGCUGGAGGUAGGAGGGCAGCAUUUUGUGGUGCUUCCCACUGGGGACGUGUGGUCCAGACCUGAUGGUUCUUACCUCAACAAGCUGGCCAUCGUCAAAGCGCGCGAUGAGGAUGCUGGGAUGUAUAUCUGCCUAGGAGCUAAUACUAUGGGCUACAGCUUCCGCAGUGCCUACCUCACUGUGCUCUCAGGUCCUAAGGAGACACCUGAGAUUCCAAGGCACAUCAGUCCUGGUCUGCCUUGGCCAUUGAUCAUUGGCAUCCCAGCUGCAGCCCUUCUGAUUGUGGGAGCCAUCGUGCUCUGGUUGUGCCACAGCCGUAGACGCCAGGGCUCUUUACCUCCCAGACCAAUGCCUUAUCGAGAACAUCACAUUCCAGACAAAGAGCCCAGUACACCGAGCAGCAUCACUGCUGACCUGCCCAGCCAAAGACUAAUGACUAUGGUGCCUCCGGUCCUCAGUGGUCCACCAAAGAUUUAUACCAAAGUCUACACAGACAUGCAUACGCACACUCACACACACUCACACAUGGAGGGAAAAGUGCACCAGCAUUUCCAUUACCAGUGUUAACCAGUUGGCUUUAUCCAUUGACUUUCAUCUGUUGACCAGUGCUGCUGUCUCUCUUCUCAUAAGCUUUUUAAGGACCACAGACAUAUUGUAGGACUACAUAAGAAACUAAAAGUAGCGAUUAAUGGGGAUCUCUAAAGGAAUGGACCAGCAUUCCUGAUGUGUUCAUUCGGGUGGAUCCCAUUUACUUCAUGUCUCAGGUCAGGAACAAAUGCAUAAUGCUGUAUAGCAACAGUGGACUUAUAUUUUCCAUUAGGCUUUUGGGGCGGUUUGGAGAAGUAACGCAAGCAAACUGAAAACAAUACAGGUAAUUAUUGAUAUUCAAAGCCAAACUUUUCACAAGACGUACAAGGAAAUAUUUUAUAUAUGGGGAAACUGUGAUGAUAUCUAUGAAUGCUAGUAGCACUAGCAAGGCUGUUUACAAAGUGUUAAUGUCCGUAAAUUAGUAUGAUGUGGUUUUUCUUUUUCCUUCUUUUGAUUGUUAUGUAUUUUGUUACAUUAUAUUGUGAAGAAAUGAUGCAAAGAGUUUAGGUACUGAUGUCAGGGAUGGUUGACUGAAUGGAAAGGGGAGUAAAGCUUUUUCUUGUAUUAGCUUUAAAAGGAAUUUUGUGUGUGUAUACAUUUAGUCUUGCAGUAUUACUUUACCUUCUCUAUGCCAAAGCAAAUCACACUGUUUUUGCAAACUGUAUUUUAUUUUUAAUAAAUUGUGUAAGACUAUUAUCAUUGCAACAUAGGUGGGCUGUAACAAUGGCAUUAAUAUUUGAUAAUAGUCCAACCAAAGCUUGUCACCAGACUUAUUGCUGCCUUUGUGAGCCAUGCUCUCUACAGUAUACAGAGUUUAUAAAUAUGAGAACGUGUUUAUCUGAGAUACUGCAUGCUGCAAUUUUAACAUUGGUGCUCAUGUAAGUGUAUUUUAAUAAUAUUUUUGUAAGAAAUAAAACAUUUUCUAUUUUCCCCCAUGCAUUUUUAGUUUUACCCCCUAUAGUUCAAACUAAAGUUUGCAUAUUUUUGGUGGGAAUUAAAAGUUGGAUGCCACCACAGUGGCUGUUGACUCUGUGCACCCUCCCUGACACGGCCUCAGACCGAUGUUAGUUCAACAGGCCGAGGAAUGCAAUGAGAAAAUCAAGUUAUUCUUUUCGACACCAGGAAAGAAGGGAAAUAUUCCCAGCAGGAUUUUAUGGGUAUUAAUAUUGGGAUAGGGUUACGCAGAUGGGCUGCAGUUUAUAAUGCUGUUUCCUCCGUUUUCCCUGUGGAUGACAAAAGUAAGAAAAACUCUCGCUUAACACCAAAAGCCCCAAAGGUGAGUUCAGACCGAGCCCUGGACAUUUGACCUGAAGAAAGAAGAUUGAAAGAAAAA